AGAUUUAAAACAAAACAAAACAAAAAGCAUGCCAAUGUGUUUGCAAGACCGUUUGAUGAUAUAUUUGCUCUUCUCCCUAAUGUAGUCUGACCAGCUUUUUCAAUUGUUCACUGUUAAAUAGAUUGUUGUAUUUUUUUUAUUUGUAUGUCACUUUGGACAAAAACAUCCGCCAAAUCCCAUAACCAUAACAACGAUGAAGUGAUCACCGAAACACUGCAGAAUGCUGUGAGAAAGCGCGUCGUCAUGGUUACUGCCCCUGUUGGGUGUGUUUCUUGCGUUUCCGUUUUCAUUUGGUUUUCCUCCUCUUCAAGGUCUUAUCAGCCUCCACAUGCCUGCCAUGACUGAUUUACUCUGGCACUGUAAGGCUAUGGUGGUUUGACCUGCCUGCGAAAGUCCACAGAAAAACAACAUUAUGCAACCGGGAAGCCUCUGUUCUGGAAUUGAUUUUAAUUUCAGCGAUGAUGGUGAAAGGCAAAGUAGUUCAGGCCACAGGAAACUAAGACUAAAGCUCAGAGAGUUUUCAAAGACACAGUGGUAGCUAGUUCUUGCUGUCUUACCCUGUACCUUGCUGGCCCGCAGGUUUCAGCCAGAGCCGGUGAGCACCAGCUGGGGGAAGCCUGAGCGAGUGAGCAAGAGAGAGGGAGAGAGAGAGAGAGAGAGAGAGCGAGCAGUCGUGGUCGUGGUCGUGUGUCCGUCCCCAGGAGCAAUGCCCUCUGAGUGACACUGGCAGCCCAUCGAACCGCUCAGCAUGAACAGCGAGGAGGAGUUCUAUGACGCGGAGACAGGACUGGAAUCGGACGACUCCUGUGAGGUCAGCUUUAAAGAUGCGCUUGUGUAUGAGGGCAAACAGACCUCCAAUGGCAGUGCACUUUCAGAGAAUGGGGUAUGGGAGAGGAGGACGACUCUCCCAGCACCCAUGUUUGCCAGAAAUAAUUUCAGCGUUUGGGGCUUCCUGAAGAAAUGCAUUGGCAUGGAGCUGUCAAAGAUCACAAUGCCCAUCAUCUUUAAUGAGCCAUUGAGCUUUCUGCAGCGCCUCUCCGAGUACAUGGAGCACACAUACCUCAUCCACAAGGCUUGCACUUUGUCAGACUCCAUAGACCGCAUGCAGCUGGUAGCUGCCUUUGCGGUCUCAGCAGUGGCAUCGCAGUGGGACAGAACUGGAAAGCCCUUCAACCCUCUACUGGGGGAGACCUACGAGCUCGUAAGGGAGGAUGAGGGGUACCGUCUGAUUUCGGAGCAAGUCAGUCACCACCCCCCUAUUAGUGCCUUCCAUGCACAGUCCCUCAACCAGGACUUUGAGUUCCACGGAUCCAUCUACCCCAAACUCAAGUUCUGGGGCAAGAGUGUGGAGGCCGAGCCCAAAGGCACCAUGACUUUAGAGCUGCUCAAACACAGGGAGGUGUACACUUGGACAAACCCCUUCUGUUGUGUGCACAACGUCAUUCUGGGUAAACUCUGGAUCGAGCAGUAUGGCACGGUGGAGAUUGUGAAUCACAGCACUGGGGAUAAAUGUGUUCUGAACUUCAAGCCGUGCGGCAUGUUUGGGAAGGAACUGCACAGAGUGGAGGGGCACAUCCAGGACAAGAGUAAGAAGAAGCGACGGAUAUUAUAUGGCAAGUGGACAGAGUGUUUGUAUUGUGUGGAGCCAAAAGUGUAUGAGGCCAACAAGAAAGCAGAGAAGAAAUCGGGAGGAGAUUCCAAGAAACACAAACAGGAGCAGAGUGCAGGAGGCGACGAUGCUGAUGAGAUGCCUGAGCUUCAGGAGACCGUCACCAUGAUUCCAGGAAGUACCCUGCUGUGGAGGAUAGCACCACGACCUGCACACUCAACUCAGAUGUACAACUUCACCAACUUCGCCAUGUCUCUGAACGAGCUGGAACCUGGCAUGGAAAAGGUGCUGGCACCUACUGACUGUCGUCUUCGCCCCGACGUCCGAGCCAUGGAGAACGGAGACAUCGACACGGCAAGUACAGAGAAGGAGAGACUGGAGGAGAAACAGAGAGCGUCACGAAAGGAGCGAGCGAAAGAUGAAGAGGAUUGGUCUAACAGGUGGUUUCACCAGGGCACCAACCCCCAUACUGGUGCCCAGGACUGGAUCUACGUUGGCGGUUACUUCGACAGGAAGUUCACCGACUGCCCGACGAUCUACUGAUGAGGGCUGAGGGAGAGAGAGAGAGAGAGAGAGAGAAAGGGAGAGGAUGGUUUUGUUUGAGCCUCUGUGUGGCCCUCUCUCAGUGUCUCUCUCUUGCCUUCUGGACUCAUAUCAUAUCCCCUCUGCUCUAAUCUCUCCUUACACUAUCUACAUACUUUUUUAAAUGAUCCAAUAGAAUGUGAGAUUUGAAAUUUAACGGUUUACUGAACUGACAUAACCUCUCAUCUCUUUCAAGUGACUCUUGAACUGGAACCUGGAAACUCUGUAUUUUUGUUUAACGUUUCUUUUUAUUAGGUUUGUUAAGGUUUUAUUUUAUUUUUAAAAUUUUCUUGUCUGCAGUUUUAUACAACAGGGGUUUAUUUGCCAUUUGUGAUUGUUUAUGAUGACCAUGCUUCAACCCCCCUCCACCCCAGCACUUUUUUCCUCUUGUAGGAUUUGCUUCAGUCAGGUGCUUGUUUUAUUGGAUGCAGGUUGUGUCACUUGGAACAGGACGAAAUCCUCUCAAAAUACUGUGACAUUUUGGAAUUCUAAACACUUUCUAACCAGGUUUCAGUCACUGAGAAGAAAACAAACUAUGAUAUUUAUGAUAGAAUCGUGAAGCUAUUUAAACUUUCAAACAAAUGCUAAUAUUUGUAUCAUGUGUAUGGUAUGUAAUACCAUUUUUUUUCCACUAACCUGACCUCUGUGAUGGUAGGCAGUAGGCUUUCAGAAUGAUGGCAGUGAUGGUUGGCAAGAUGUGGUUGGCUCACAACAAUCGGCAAUCGGUUAAAACAUUUCACUUUAGCUUAAGUGAUAUUUGCCUGAGAAAUCCAAUCGACUCAAGCCAAGAUAGACCGGCGUCUCACCAUGAGCGCUACUAGCCCCGGCACAGCCUAUCAGAGGGGUUGCUGUACUUUUUCAGCUCAUCGUCAUGAGAGUGACCGUAGGACAGUCUCAGGUCAAAAUCUCUAACCGAAUCUCAGUGACCUUGAGAGGGUUGACCUCUGCCGACAUUUUAAACAUGUAUGUACAUGGUUGUCGCAUGCAUGCUUAACUAUGUUCCAGAGGGUUUUUUUUCUUUUGGUUUUACGACUAGAAUUCAGAAAUAUGAAAGCUGCUUCUAAUAAUGUUUACUUCCUCAGUAAAGGUUUAUAAAUGAUUUAAGAUGAAUGAAUUAACAUGAAUAUUUGAAGAGCUUA